AAAGGCGGUAGUUAUAUGUGGUUUAAAAAUAGAUGGGUUUUCAUAAUAUGUAUCAUGCUUGUUAUUGUGGAGUUGGUUGUUCUGCUAUUUCUUGUUGCAAUCUGGCGCCUUCAAAGAGAUAAUCAGUUGGCACCUACACAAAAGCAAAUGUGUUACCCACAAGUCAAGUUAAUAUUAGACCUAGAUGACAAUACAGCUUGUCCGGUGGGACUUGUGUCUAAAUUUGAUGAAACAAAAAAAGAAACAACCUGUUGUGGAAAACUGAGUGAAGUUUUAAAUUCGGUCUUGAAUAAGAGUGUGUUUGACAGAUAUAACAGCAAAAUAAAUCCAGAAAUAAGAACAUAUAACCCAGAGGCGUUUAACUGUAAGGCAGCAAAUCAAGAUAUGUCUGUAACAAGACUAACUUUGGCACAAGACAAGAAAUCAGUUCCUGUAGAUUCGUCUCAUAAAUUGUAUUGGGAAAGUGACCCUGCGUUGCCUAAACUUUCGGGAUUAAGGUAUUCGGUAGAAGAUGGUCAAGUGUUUGUUGAGGAAACUGAAAUUUACCAUAUUUUGUUACAGCUAAAAUUAAAUAUGAGCAAAACAACGGGUGUAUUGGAUGAAAAAAUAAGGCAUAAAGUACAUUUUAUAUCUGAUAGCGGUGCGUCAGCAGUUCUGUUGGAAGAUGUGACGUCACCAUGUACAAUGACGUCAGGUUCUGGAACAGAGAAAGCCAGCGUUGUUGAAGCUGUGUUUCGGCUUAAAUAUGGCGAUCGGCUAUAUGUGAGUACAACCCAUCCUGAAAGUAUCGUGACUGAUCCACAAAAUAAUCAUUUUAGUAUAUACAGAGUUUAAGUGUCCAUGGUCCUAUAUUGGAUAAAUGUUUCAUCUGUGAUACAUAUUAAGAGUAGAUCUACUAAAUCUAAUUUAUGCUCAUUGUAAAUCAUCAUAAAGACGACAAAUAUACAAUGAAAUUGUGAAGUGACCUUUAAAUUAUGUACAAUAUAUCUGCUGCCUUAAAUUAACUGAACAUAUAAAACUGAUGACUUUUAAUUUUCAUAAAAUACUGAUAGAGUAUGUAAUGCAUACAAAUCUAAACAAAAUUAAGUGAUUGUAUUUUCGUUGAUCAAAAGUGGAAGUAGAAUAUUGAUCACUGUUGAUGAAACAAUUAUUAGAUCUACAUCAAUUAUUUACAUAUACAUUGUUCCUUUAUAAAUCAUAACAAUAAUUUAAUAAAAAUGAAUAAAAAGCAAAGACAAAGUAACGAUUUCUGGCUUAUGCAAUGUAAGUGCCAGGUUAUAAACAGUUGAGAGAAAUCUGUGUCUUUUGACAGAAAAACAAAUUCUUGGAUCAUUAAAAAAAAGAUCUAAGUUCAAUUUGGCUGGCAUGGAAAAUCAAGCAAAGCAAGUUGAAAAGCAAUCUAAACUUGAGGCCUGAAUAUAGACAGCCGCGAAAUUUGUAGUAGCUGGUAAAGCAAAAGAUGGAAGUGACCGGAGACUACGAAAUAACAUUAAGUAGCAAAGGAGAAUGCGGAAUCUAUAGAUCACCCGACAAAGCGAUUGUGGCCAUAUUUACAUUUUUGUAUAUAAGAAUGCAGUGGAAAAUUAAGUGCUUGUAUCAAUAGGCAUAAUGUAGUUGUAACUUUAAAAAACAGUUUGUAUCUAUUGUCAAUAUGUUUUAGAUCUACAUCUACUAUAAAUUAAGACUGACUAAUUUGAUCUUAAGAGAACAUACUGGCAUUUAUUCUAGAAUAAAAAUGUUUGGAAUAAAAAGUUAUUGUUUACACUGGAACACUUCGAAGGGAUAUUGAACAGAUUAUUUCAUGGUAAUAUUAUAUGGAGUAAAGGAAAAUAUUCGAAAAUAAAAUAUUCUAGUGUAUAAAUCUGAAUGACUUUAAAAACUGAAAUAGUAAAAUUAAGUUGAA